UUCGCCGUUGCAAAUUGUACUGGAAGGAGCGCAGCUUAUUACGCACAGCAGUAUUUCGGUAACUUGCAUCUUCAGCUGUUUAUUUAUCCAACAUCAUGGCGAAUAAGUCAGGGAAAGCUAAAUCUAAGACUAGAUAUACGAAUGUAGAAACAAUUUUAGAGGAAAUUGAUCAUGAAAGUGAGACAGAUCUGCUUUUUGAAGAGGACUCCAUUAGCGCCCAUAGCUACGAUUCUGAAACUGAGGCAUAUUUUUUGAAUGGAGAGGACAUUGUUUUGGACUGUGGCACUGACUCCGACUGGGAGCCCCCAUUGCCAACUUGUCCAUCCCCCUCUGAAGCUGGUUCAUCCAGCUGUACCCCUGCUGUCUCUGGCUCCACACCUCCCGGGCCAUCUAGAGGUGUGAAGGCACUGACAAAGAAGAGGAAGAGGGGAAAUGUGCCACCCGCUAACAGAGGGACAGAAGGGCGUUGGCACACUGUCCUAGAAGAUGAUGUGGAGCCACCCCAACCAACUUUUAGGCCGAAAAGGAAGCCAGGACCUCAGGUGAACUCGACCGCAACUUACAGCCCCCUUCAGCUUUUUCAGCUGUUCUUCACACAAUCUGUUGUAGAUUCGCUCGUGUCUAACACGAAUAAGUAUGGGGAGAAGAAGCAAGCAGGCAAAAAGGUAGCAUGGAAGCCCAUAACCAUCUCAGACUUUUUCUGCUACCUUUCACUGGUCAUCUACAUGGGGCUGGUGAAGUUGAAAAGCCUGAAGGACUACUGGAAAACGUCAUCUCUCUACCAACUGCCUUUCCCCAUGACUGUUAUGUCCUGCAAAAGGUUUCUGGUUCUCUCACAGUGACCCAAAGGCUGAUGAAGAGAAUGAGAAGAAGAGAGGCACAGCAACGUUUGAUAGACUGUGCAAAAUCAAACCUCUCUACCACAGCAUUGUUGAGGCCUGCAAGACGUACUUUCAGCCAGCCCAGAACGUGUCAAUCGAUGAGAGGAUGGUAGCCUCAAAGGCCAGAAUUGGCCUCAAACAAUACAUGAGAAACAAACCAACCAAGUGGGGUUACAAGCGGUUUGUGUUGGCUGAUUCUGUGUGUGCCUACACAUGCAAUUUUUUUGUCUAUGAGGGGAAGAACAGUUUUGCUACCGGUAAGGGACUUAGCUAUGACUCUGUAAUGGAGUUAUUGGAUUUUCAACUGCUAGGGAAGGGCUACAAACUGUUUGUGGAUAACUUCUACACAAGCCCUACCCUGUUUGCAGACCUUAGGAAGCGGGAAGCGUGGGCUUGUGGCACCAUUCGUACCAACAUGGUGGGCUUUCUGAAGACGAAGGUGAACGACAUGCCUAAGCGGGCUGAGCGGGGGACCAUGCGAUGGAUCCGUGAAGAUGGCCUGCUUUUUGUAAAGUGGAUGGAUACUAGAGAGGUGGUGAUGUGCACAACAAUCCACAAGUACUUCAAUGUGGAUCAUGUUGUCAGACGUGUGAAGGACGGUGCCGGGGCAUGGACCACCAAAAAUGUCCCCAUUCCAACUGCAGUAAAGGACUACAACAAGAGCAUGGGAGGUGUGGACCUAUCAGAUGCGCUGAUAGGCUAUUACAAUGUUCUCCAUAAGACAAUGAAAUGGUACAAGACCUUCUUCUAUCAUUUCAUCGACAUUGCUGUGGUGAAUGCAUUCAUCCUACACAAGGAAAUGGCGAAGAGCUGUGGAAAGCCCUUCCUCUCACAGAAAGCCUUCAGAGAGCAGCUCAUCAAGGAGCUUGCUGGCUACAGCACCACUGCACCACGCCCUGUCCCUUCUGCUCCUGCCACAAGUGUUCAUCUGCCCAAAUAUAUUUGUGCAGGCAAGGAUGUGCCUAAGGGCCAAAAGGGCACAGCAUGGAGGCGUUGCUGUGUUGUUUGCAAGAUGAAGUCCCCCAUCACAUGCACCACAUGCUCGGUGACCCUCUGCUUUACAUCAGAAAGAGACUGCUAUGGCAUCUGGCAUCAGCAGCAGAAUAUUGUGUAGAGCUUUGGCAAAGUGGGUGGGGUUAUAUCCUUCCUGUUUGGCCCUAUCCGGGGGUCUCAUCGGAUGGGGCCACAGUGUCUCCUGACCCCUCCUG